AUGACGGGCGAGCAAUAUAUGGCAACACUUGCCGAUUCGUUUCUUUUGGACCUAGAAGACUUAGAACAUGAUGAUGAGAUAGAAGAUAAUAAUAAUAGGACAGCUUUAGCUCAAUGUUAUGAAUCUGAUCCAGACGAAACAAUCAAAGAUGCUGUUAAAGAAUAUUUUAGUAGUUCUGACCUUAAAAAUCGGUCAUUUUCUCAGUUUUUGAGGAGUGAAAGACUAAACAAAACUAUUGAAAAAAUUAUCCCGUUAUUGGAUGGUAAAAUAUUGAUUGAUAGGGAAGUUGAUUAUAAAGAACAACUUUUAAUAAGGGAUUGUAAUUCGCUUGUUAUAGAAAUUGACACAGAAAUUUUAAGCAUUCAUAAGUAUGUCAAAGAUAUCUAUUGCAGUAAAUUCCCGGAAUUGGAAUCUAUCGUCGUCGCUCCUUUGGAUUACAUAUCAUUGGUUAAAAGAAUUCAAAAUGAAAGUGAUAUCACAAAAAUUGAUAUGAAAGAUAUUUUACCGAAUGCAACCGCAAUGGCAGUUACUGUCGCUGCCACAAUGACUAUGGGAUCGGCACUAGGGCCCUACGAACUAUCAAAGUUAAUUGGAGCAUGUGAUGAUGCAUUAAAGCUUGCAGCUCAUAGAAAUAAUGUCUUAUUAUAUUUGGAGAGCAGAAUGACCAUUCUUGCACCAAAUAUUUCCAGAAUAAUUGGAUCCGCAUUAACUGCAAGGUUGAUAACUAUGGCAGGCGGAUUACAAGAAUUGGCUAAAAUUCCAUCUCAAAAUAUAAUGUUAAUUGGCGAUUCUAAAAAUACUUUAUUCACUGGUCAUACUUUUAAAGGAUCUGAAACAUCUGGCGUUAUUUCAUGUUGUGAAAUAGUACAAACGGCCGUUUCACACUUAAAAUUUAAAGCCAUAAAAAUGGUUUCGAGCAAAGUGGCAUUGGCUGCGAGAGUAGAUCUUUUUGGGAAAGCUAAAGAUGGGGGUAUUGGCGAAAAAUUCAGAAAUCACAUUUUAGUUAAUUUAUCCAAGGCACUAGAGAUGCCAGAUGCUCCCAUCAAAAAAGCUCUACCAAUUCCGGAAGAGAGGAAAACUAAUAAGAGAGGAGGGAAAAGAUAUAGGAAGAUGAAAGAAAAAUAUGGAAUUAGUCAAAUUAGGCAACAGGCGAAUAGGAUCGCAUUUGGACCGGAAGGCCAAGAAGAGAUUGGACUUGAAGGACAUCAACUUGGAAUGCUCGGAAAAUCCACUGGAAAAGGGAAGAUUAUCCUUCAGGUUAAAAGGAAACAAAUUCAUGUUCCUAGAAAACGCCAAUUGAUGUUGCAGAAACAGAUGGAAAGUUCAAACGCUAUUAAUGGCAUGGCAACAUCAUUAGCAUUCACACCUUUACAAGGGAUUGAGCUUUGUAAUCCCAAACGUAAUACACAGGAAAUAACACCUGGCUAUUUUGACAAAUUUGCAAAAUUUAGCAAGUUAUCUAUGAAGUGA